AUGAAAAAGCUUCAAUCGAAAACUCUCUUGGAUGCUAUAAGAAGUGUCAGUCAAAAUACCUUCAAUGUCAAGACUAUUGUUCAAAACACAAAAGUGAACGAAUUACAGCUAAAUGACACCUCAAAGAAGAUCACAAGGAAAUCGCUGCAAGCAGGAAAAAAACUUAAAAAAGAAGCAAGCAAAAUCCCAGGAUGGUACGAGUACAACAAAGUCUUUAAUAUCAAUUACGAUGAACCGACAAGUUCGGAGAUCAACUCAAGCAAUCAUUUCUUCAAUUCGGCAGACACAAAAUAUGAAUGGAGUGUCGGCAACUUCACUGAUAUACCAGGAGAAAAGCUUAGAAAGAAAUAUGAAGCUCGAACCACUAAUUCUUCCAACGAAGCAGGUCUUAAGAAGAAAUAUCCCGGCAAGACGUAUGUGCCAUUUGAACUUGUGAAUGGCUUGCCGGAAGUAACAUUUUUGGGCAAAUCCAACGUCGGUAAAUCGACACUUUUAAACAAUCUGACUACGGAUCUUAAAAACAGUGCGCUUAAUGUCUUUGCAAAAGCAUCCAAAAGAGCAGGAUUUACUAAAACAUUGAACUCCUUCAAUAUCGGGAACCGAGUACGGUUCAUAGAUACACCUGGCUAUGGUUAUAGAAGCUCUCUUGAACAAGGCGAUCUGACCACCGAGUAUCUAUUGCAUAGGAAGGAACUCGUUAGAAGUUUUCUAUUAAUAUCUGGUGAGCAAGGAAUUGGUGAAUUGGACAAGGCGAUCAUAGAUUUCAUGCAUCAGAAUGGAGUUCCUUUUGAGAUUGUUUUCACCAAGAUGGAUAAAGUAGACAAUUUGGUCAAGUUUCGCGAAAGUAUUGACGAGAGUGGACUCUUAAAUUUACCGACUUUGCCAAGACUAAUAUUCACGAAUGCUUACACCUCGAAAACUUGUUCUAAAAGGUACGGGGUAGACCUGCUACGGUCAAUCAUUUUGCAAAGCUGCGGAUUACAAUCAGGUCUCAAAUCUUCCCGAAAGAAGCAAAAAUGA